ACACCACGAUCACGUUGUCCUGUACUUUCUUUUGACGUUUUUAUUUGGUCUCGCCGACUAUUGUCUUCCGUAGGACACUUUAUAUCCUGCCAUUCGAUCAUAUGAACAUCAGUUAUCGUCAGGACAUCGUCUGCUCUUCAUCGAUUUUUCGGUGCUCGCAAUAAAUUUAAUUUUCAGUUAAAAUGUGUCGGAUGUUCGGUGUUCUGUCUAUGGCCUACGUGGCUAUCUUUAUUGCGGUGGUGCAAUGUAGUGAAGAUGUGACAACAUCGGGAGUUACCAGUUUUUUGAGCCAAGAUCUUGACGUUGGCCGUACGUUCGGGAGGCCCGCUCUAAAGAGGCUAUCGUUCAUCUUCCUGCCCGUUAUGUUCACGUUGGGAGUUAUAUCCACUCUGCUGCUCGCACUCGCCGUUAUAUCCGUGAAGAAUCUUGCCAUUGGCGUAAUAUUGCUCAUUGUAGCUAUCAGUCAGGCUGCCUCAAGAUUAUUUUUCGCGGCGACGUCACCUUCAUCUCCACUAGUGCACCUUCACCCGCGAGCUGAACUCUUACCAGCGCCUGCUCCCUGGCCAGCUUCGGGUCCCCUCCUUUCACCCUGGGCGAGAUCUGGCGAUGAUGCAACAAUCUCUGACUAAACAUUCGACGAUAACUUAUUCAUCCGAACGAAGUGAUUGAAGCUAUCAAUUGCGUAGUAACGGAAGUAAUAUUUAAAAAGCAUAUCGACGAUAAUUUUUAUGUAUACCAUAAACCAUGGGUAACUGAAAGCAAAAUCUCCAUUUAAAACAUAUUGCUUCGGUUUUGUAAAAGAUUAUUUCAGACCUGACGAUACUGAGAUUUUGGUCUUAGAAACCAACGGGUAGUGUUGUAAGAUUUUUUAUGCAUUUGUUGCGUGUAAGAUCUUCGUCUGUCUCUCGCAAAAUAAUAUUUUGCGAAGGUUAGACGACGGUAUGGAAGUAUAUAUUAAGUUUAUUUAUAAAACUACCUCUU